CUCCCCUUUCUGCGCCGCGGGGUGCUGCGCAGGGAGCCGCAGGCCGGAUGGUGGCACGGGGCGGGGCGGGCUGCGAGGGGUCUGACUCAGUUGCCCCUCUCUGUGGAGGACGCUUUGACUCAGUGUCCUUCCUGGGUGGGAGUGCGGGUGACCUUUGACUCAGUUUCCUCGGCGGCCCCCAUCCGUGUCGAUGCGAUUGGUUCUGUUUCCUUUCCUUGUAAGGGAGAAAGUAUCCGACUCAGUUUCCCCUGUAGAAGAGAGGGAGGUGAUAUCCUUCCUCAGUGUUCUUUGAAAAUAGGCACUGACUCAGUUUCCCUGGGUAGAGGAAUGCCUCUAUGCCCCUUUUCUCUAGUGGAGAGAUGCUGCUGUCUUCUUUGCCCUACCUCUUUCAGGGCAGGUUGUGGGAUCUUGGCUCGGUUUCCUUGGGAGGGAGCUUGGCUGUCAUGCCUUUCCUGGUGAGGAUGGGCAACAGAGUUUCCUGACAAUGUGUCUUAACUUUUCAGAUUUGUUUCCCCUCAUCUUCCCCUCGGAGCCAACCCAGGCUUCUGGGCCCUAUGUGGAGAUCAUCGAGCAGCCCAAGCAGCGGGGCAUGCGCUUCCGCUACAAGUGCGAGGGUCGCUCAGCAGGCAGUAUCCCUGGUGAGAGAAGCACAGACACCACCAAGACACACCCCACCAUCAAGAUCAAUGGCUACACGGGACCAGGAACAGUUCGCAUCUCCCUGGUCACCAAGGACCCACCUCAUCGGCCGCAUCCGCAUGAACUUGUGGGGAAGGACUGCCGGGAUGGCUUCUACGAGGCCGAGCUCUGCCCAGACCGCUGCAUCCACAGCUUCCAGAACCUGGGGAUCCAGUGUGUGAAGAAGCGAGACCUGGAGCAAGCCAUCAGCCAGCGCAUCCAGACCAACAAUAACCCCUUUCAAGUUCCCAUGGAGGACCAGCGUGGGGACUAUGACCUGAAUGCCGUGCGCCUCUGCUUCCAGGUGACAGUGCGGGACCCAUCAGGCAGGCCCCUCCGCCUGACUCCUGUGCUCUCUCAUCCUAUUUUUGAUAACCGCGCCCCCAACACUGCUGAGCUCAAGAUCUGCAGAGUAAACCGAAACUCUGGGAGCUGCCUUGGUGGCGAUGAGAUCUUCCUGCUGUGUGACAAGGUGCAGAAAGAAGACAUUGAGGUGUAUUUCACCGGACCAGGCUGGGAGGCCCGAGGCUCCUUUUCUCAAGCUGAUGUGCACCGGCAAGUGGCCAUUGUGUUCCGGACUCCUCCAUAUGCUGAUCCUAGCCUGCAGGCUCCUGUGCGUGUCUCCAUGCAGCUUCGGCGACCUUCUGAUCGGGAGCUCAGUGAGCCCAUGGAGUUCCAGUACUUGCCAGACACAGAUGAUCGCCACCGGAUUGAAGAGAAACGCAAAAGGACCUAUGAGACCUUCAAGAGCAUCAUGAAGAAGAGUCCCUUCAACGGGCCUACUGAACCCCGGCCUCCACCACGGCGUAUUGCUGUGCCUUCUCGAAGCUCAGCUGUCCCCAAGCCAGCCCCCCAGCCAUACCCCUUUCCAACAUCCCUCAGCACCAUCAACUUUGAUGAGUUUUCCCCCAUGGUGUUACCAUCUGGGCAGAUCUCCAAUCAGGCCUUGGCACCAUCCUCUGCCCCAGUCCUGACCCAGACCUUGGUCCCCUCCUCUGCCAUGGUACCAGCUCUGGCUCAGCCCCCAGCCCCUGUCUCAGUUCUAGCCCCAGGUCCUCCCCAAGCCCUGGCCCCACCCAUUCCAAAGAGCACCCAGGCCGGGGAAGGCACACUGUCCGAAGCCCUGCUACACCUGCAGUUCGAUGCUGAUGAGGACUUGGGGGCCUUGCUUGGCAACAGCACAGACCCGGGUGUUUUCUCAGACCUGGCAUCUGUCGACAACUCAGAAUUCCAGCAGCUCCUGAACCAGGGCGUGUCCAUGUCUCACCCCACAGCUGAGCCCAUGCUGAUGGAGUACCCCGAAGCUAUAACUCGGCUAGUGACAGGUUCCCAGAGGCCCCCUGACCCAGCUCCCACACCCCUGGGGACCUCAGGGCUUCCCAAUGGCCUCUCGGGGGAUGAAGACUUCUCCUCUAUUGCGGACAUGGACUUCUCAGCUCUUCUGAGUCAGAUCAGCUCCUAAGGGGCUGGCGUUGGCCCUGCUCAGAGCACCAGGCUUCAGGGUAUUGAAGCCUUCCCAAAGCACUUACAGAUUCUGGGGAGCGUGCUCCAACUGCCCCCAACUUCUUUGGGUAAUAUCUUCUAGGGGUGGCAACUUUAUUCUUUUAUUGGCAGUAUCUCACUCUCUCUUCAUGGAGGUGCUUAAGCAGAAGCAUUAACUUCUCUGGAUGGAGCUGGGGGACUGAGUCUUCUCCGCUCUCGGCAGGGAGCCCUGGACCCUCCCAUCCUCCAGUUCUAGCGCUCUCCCAGAGAGGGGCAUGCUGGAGCUGUGGCCUUAUUAUCAAGUGUCUUCCUCAACAUGGGUUCCUGUACACGUUGAUCCAAAGCAAAGCUCCUAAUAGCAGCCCCUGUGGGGUGCUGCCUGACACCAGCACAUGAGGGGCCGUUUUUCUCUCCUGGGCGCUCCUUCCCCACCAGCUCUUUCCAUGCCGAGCUGUGGCUGAGGGGAACAGGUGGGAUAGCGCUGGCCACCUUCAGGAUCCUGAGGGAGUUUGGCCUGAAACAUCCCUGCUUCCCCUUUUCUCAAGUGCCUUAAUAGCAGGGCAAAUAGUGUGGAGUCAGGAGGGCCGGCUAGAGCUCAGCCACAAGACAGUCUUCACUGAGAAAGCUAUUGGACUCUUGCUCUUUCUAGCUCUGAACUAAUAAAUGUGUUACCAUGCUGGCAAGA